AGCACACCUUGGCGAAGAAGAAAAGGGAAAAACAUUUGAAGGGCAUCAACAGAUGGAGAGCAAUGGACAGAGUGGAGGUGAAUCCGUGCAACCGAUCAACGGAGAUGCUUCACAACCACAAACCUUGCUAGCUUUGGGGUGUGUUCCUCACCUUGCCAUAUCUAAUCAAGACAGUGGGAAGGUAGGCGGAACUCAGUCACAACCGCAGCAAUUAGAUAAGCCUGCAACGUCUACACGAAGAAAAAGAAAUGCUCCUAAAAUGAGUGAGGAGCAGCUUACCAGAAAAAGAAUGGCAGAUCAAAAAUCUAAGGCCAGAUCCAAGGAAAAACAUGAGGCAAUGAAGUCUCACAGAGACGAACUCCUUGACGAAGUUAAGCUUUUAAAAAUGAAAAAUGAAGAUUUACAGGUGAAAUAUACAGCUAAACUUGAGGCUGAAAUUGUCCAGUUGAAACGCGAAAGUAGUGACAAGGAUCAUCACUUGGAGGAACUUCAUUCUCGAAUUCGGAAAUUGAAAAGUAAACUUCGUGAAAAGGAUGACCAGAGAAAGAAUGCCCUUUCGGAUUUAUCCGAGGCUGAGAAGAAACUUAAGAAACUAUUACACCUAGAAUGGAAAUUGCUUCCAUCUCCUGAAGACGCCCAGGCCCAGCGUCAAAAUUCUCAGUCAACUCAGUCAAUUGAACCGCCUCAGCCUCAAGAUCAUGGCGAUUUGAUGCAGCGUCAAUUGCACCAGCCAGAGUUGCCAGCCCAAACAGGAAUCGAACUUCCUAACGCCGAUCAACCCGCUGAUGUCCAUGCCGCCAGGCAUCAUGCGAUCUUUGAUGUUCACCUGCUCACCGGAGAAGUCUCUACAGAUGCCCAAGCUGUAUCUGACAUUCUCCAAGCUGGCCCUGUAACGGAUCCGUUCCUCGCUGAUCUGUACAAUGAUAUGACACAGUGGAGCUGAAACGCCUUAGGUCUCUCUGUUUAGAAACGUUUCUGAAUUUUAGAGCAUGUUUGGUGUUGCCAAGGCUUUCAAUAUGACUAGAGCUUUUGGUAAAAUUUUUUUUUUUGAAAAGUCAAAGGACACUUAGGAACCUUAGGGUCAGUUUAGUCAGAUAGAGGUUUUGUACCCUGUAAAACAAAGUUGGAUAGAGGUU